ACAUCAACGAUUUGUUAGGAUAAUAAAUUCAAUCAACUUUGGAUUACAACUGACUGACGAGGACUUGAAUCAAAUCAGCAACCACUUUGUCAAUGAGGCUGGUAGGAAGAUUAAUAUGCCGUAUGUUUACUUUGUUCCCAUGGCAAAGAGACUCAUUGUUACACUGUACAGAGCAAGGGAUCCUUAUCCUCAUGAAUGGUGUCAUCUGUACACUGGUAAUGUAGGAUCAUUCUGGUUUAAUAAGAGAACAGGAGAAUCAUCACGUGUUCCACCAAAGAAGUACGUCACUCAGCAGCAACUCAGAUUGGUGGAUAGAGAACUGGAGAUGGAGAUGCUGACUACUUCUGCAGAAGAUCUGGCAUCUACCAGAAUUGAACUGGAGAAAGAAAGAACAAAGAGACAGGAUCUUGAGAAGCAGCUAAGCACUGUAUCGAGAGAAAACAGUAGCAAUGCCAGUGCUCUGGAGAAAACUACUAAAACCUUGGAGAGGACCAAAUCAGAGAAUGAACGAAGAGGAAAGCAGAUUGAACAUCUGGAGAGAGAAGUAGAGAAACUCAAUACCAAGAUGAAAGGAUUAGAAGCAAGAGCUGCUGAAGGAGACAAAGCUGAACUGAACCUUGAAUCAGUGAGAGAUAUCCUCAAAGUAACACAGUCUACCGUUCGAGAGAAAGACUAUGAUCUGCGUCACAUGAAGACCAAACUAGAGGAAACCAACAAGACGCUAACUGAGAGCAAGGAGAAUGUGGAGAUAUUAGAAGCUAAGGUAGCUGAUCUUCAUCAUCAGCUCAGAGGUGAAAUCAAGAGGAACCAACAAAUGGAAGAGGAGCUGAGGGUGAUCCCAUUAUUGAAGAAAGAUCUUUCUGAGACCGAUGAGAGAGUGGCAGCAGUACAGAGUGUCUUAGACGAGAAGAAAACUCAACUUACACACGCAAGAUACAUCCUGAGAGAUAACAAGAUAACUAUCAAGCAUCUUGAGGAUGAGAUAGACCGUUUGAUUGCCGUGGAAACUGAGAUGGAACAUGCUAAGUGUGAAGUUGAGACUUUAAAGAAGCUGUUAGAUGGGAAGGAUCGCCUUGUCAUAAAACAAGCUCAACAGAUUGCUAAUGCAACAGGGAACAGAAAAUCAAUGGAAUCCAUCAACUACACAUUAAGAUCAUGCAGUGAUCCAUCAUGUCCACUCUACCAGAACCCUAGGAAGACACAAGGUAUACAGACGAAUGGAUACCACAAGUCUGCUCCAAAACAAGGUGCUUCACCAUUACUAGAAGACAUCUCAGAUGAAGGAGAUAAUUACCCCUUUCAUACAAAGCGCAACUCUCCAACUAAAGCUAUCGAUACGUCCCAGAAAAGCUUCCUCCGAUUUCUAGAGAAUGAUGGUAACCAUGACGACAUGCCAACAGUUUAUGACCUCUAUGAACCCAAUGGAGUUUACUCUCCACAAGAUAAGAGGUCAGGGUCACCAAGGUCACAUCAACGUGUUCGACCCAAGUCUUGUGUUGCUAGGAUACAGAGGCGGGACAAGUCAGCGCUUCCUAAAGGGACCCGUCUGUAUGAAGAUGAUUUCAUGGUGGCUCAGUUUGUACAUGUUGGGGACCGAGUGAGGGUUAAGAAGAGCGGUACAAAGAUCAUAUCAAUGAAACCAAGUGAUUUCCUGACAGGGAUUGUGAAGUUUGUUGGCAAGAUCGACAAGGAUCCUAUCGACCAUCAUAUAUACGUGGGGCUAAGGCUAGAUGAACCAACUGGCGACACAGACGGAAUCAUCAACGGUAAGAGAUACUUUCACGCGAACAAGAAACACGGCAAGAUAGUCAAGAUCACAGACAUGUUCCUUGUUCUCAAUGCAAAGACUGCUACAUACCAGAGAAUCAAUGAGUUAGUUAGAGAGCUAAGACACAAGACUGGAACUACAAAGACUUACAGAGAAGGAGAGCCAGAACUCAUUGAAAUACCAUGAAUAAAAGGCUGCUACAUACCAGAGAAUCAAUGAGUUAAUGAGAGAGCUACGACACAAGACUGGAACUACAAAGACUUACCGAGAAGGAGAGCCAGAACUCAUUGAAAUACCAUGAAUAGCAGCCUGUUACGUACCAGAGAACCAAUGAGUUAAUGAGAGAGCCAAGACUCAAGACUGGAACUCACUACAAUAUAGAGACAUGCAGAGCAUGAGAUGCUUAGUUUGGUUAUGGUGUACACAGAGUAACUAGCCGUCUCAUUAUACAUGUAUCUAUUAAUUGUGGAUGAUCACCAUCAAUGCAAUAUAACAGGAUGAUGUUUAAUCUUGAAAUGUCAUAUUAGUUCAUUACUUUGGUCAGGUACUCUUUGUCACAUGAACAUCUAUGUACAGAGAUUCUGGUGUUUCUUUAGCAAGAUAUUGAAAUAUACCAUUUAUUGUUAUGCCUCAGCUACAAAGUAGUCAUAGGCAUUAUGUUUUCAGGUUGUCUGUCCUUUCGUACAUCACGUUCGCGUUAUCUCAAGAACCGAUUGAUGGAUUACUGCCAAACUUAGGUCAUGUAUGUAUCUUGCAGAGCCUAUGAGCUCAUUAGAUCUUGGGGUCACAAGGUCAAAGGUCACAGGUCUCAUUAUGUAUUUAAAAAAAAAAUAUUAUUAUGAGAACCGAUCAACAGAUUACCCUCAAACUCAAGACAUGUAUAUGUAUCUUGCAGAGCCGAUGAACCGAUUAGAUUUUAGGAUCAUGAGGUCAAAGGUCAUGGGGCUCAUUA